AUGUGUGACGCACGCUUUCCGAGCUGUUCCAAAUGUCUCGAGGUUGGAGCUUCUUGCCUCGCGUCUGGAGAGUCCAAAGAGCGGACAGUGCCUCGCUCCAUUGUUCAAUUCUUAGAGAGCGAACUUCAAAAGCAGCAAGCAUCUCCUGCCGGCCCAGAGAAGGAGGAUGAUCCAGGCCAAAUCCUCGCUGAGCAAGUCAUGGAUGAUAUAACACCUCCAUUCCUCGGCCUCGCUUCGGCAGUUCCCCUUAUACGGUGUACGGUAGCAGGAACUAAGUUGCCAUCUACAACUUUUCUUGGUGCUGCCGAAUCCAACGACGUACAUGGACAGACAAACCUGUUGUCCACGAGUCAGCCAACGAGCGGCCUAUCCACGAUACCUGCGGCUGUCGCAGAGUUCUUGUUUCAGAACUAUGUGACCAGAGUGGUCGCGCAGUGUCCGUUAUUCUAUUCGAUCGACCUAGAGGCUUACUUUCAUGCUGUUUUCCAUGACCCCCUUCGAAUUUUGGAGACAAAUGCCCCAGAGAAUCCACGCGCAACAUUCGUCAUCGGUCUUAUCAUGGCGAUAUCACUUACGACUGCAGCAAGGACUCAGCAGGUCUGGGCAAACUCGAUAGCGACUGGUCUCGUGAAGGAAGCAAUGCAGCACAUACAGGCUGUUUGCACCAAUGAUAUACACGGACUACAAGCUUUGCUGCUGCUGCUUCAAUAUACGAAUUUAGAUCCCACCGCCGCCAAUGUUUGGCUCCUGUCGGGAUUCACAACACAAGCAUGCAUUGAUCUUGGUUUGCAUCACGAGACUCUCACAACUCGGAGACUGGAUCCUCUCGCAAAAGAUAUACGGCGAAGGGUAUUCUGGUGCGCAUACGAAAUGGAGAUAGCAACAUCCGCGGCACUUCUCAGACCAUCCAGCUUCCUCGGCCUGGCGAUCAAUGUACCGUUCCCCGUUGAGGUUGAAGAUAGUUUCAUAUCACGAUACGGUAUUGACAUGAGCGGCUACCCAACAAAGUUCGCGUCCCGGCGAAUCUGGCAAUUUCGUCAAAUUGAGGCCGAAGUUCUCUUGGUUCAAUUUCACAACGGGGCGCUACCACCCCCUUAUCUCACACUUGAUGAGUGGAUGGAUGGGAUAAAGCAACGGAUCGAUAAUUGGAAGCAGGAAAUACUCUGGACCGCAUCUCUUAACACCGAUACAACCAAAACAUCACAAUGGGAAGAGAUGUGCUUAUACGCCGAUAUUGCCCGAGACGUAAUUCUCGUCACAUUAUUCCGCCCAAGUCCGAGAGUGAGAGAACCCAGCGGCGAAAACCUCAUGAAAGCGUUUCUAGCAUGUAUAGGAGUCGCCGAUGGUUACUGGAAACAAUCGAAUCUCAGUUUUGGCAACAGCAAAUUCGUUUUUCACCCUUGUUACCAUACAUUCUCUGCCGGUAUUUUGUUUUUGAAGACACUGCAACGAUGCAAGGAAGUUAUCUCCGUCACUUAUAGCUUGAACGAAGUAGAGAACUUCAUUUUCUGCUUCUCCAGACUUUUUACGACAAUUUCUGAGAGAUGGCCGGCUGCGUCACGAUGCCUUGAGGAAUUUGAACGAUUGAUGAUUCCAGUAAAGGGGGAAUAUGUCGACUAUACGGUGCAGAAGGCGAGGAAUGCGCCGCAAGGCCCGACUUAUCACCAUGUUCCGACAUUUGCAGAUGAGGGAGGAGACUUGGCAAUGCACUAUUCUGCAUGGCAGUUGGACAAUAGUAACUUCGGGCCUCUCCUCACUACAGGAAUAUGGGAUCAUGGAAGUCCUGAGCUGGCGCUAUCGGUUCCUCUGGACUGGAAUGCCGAAUUUGACUUCGGAAUGCAUUGA